GCGACAUCAGCAGGAUACGCAUGAUGACCUGGCUUAUCAUUUGCUUGCUACUUGAAAUCAUUCGGCAGCAUUCUUCGGCACUUGACGUUUUGGCGCGAACCGCUUUGGACUGUCACAGAGUUGUUGAUCCCGCUGCGUAUACAACUAUAAUUGUACCAAUCUUUGGAGGUGGUGACCUGGACUAGGGCCUGCCUUUUGGGCGGGCAAUUCGAGGCCCAGUUCUGAAGUUUGCUGCUCGCCUGCAAACGCGAUGUUCAUUUAGUAAAUUUUUAAGCCUCUAAAGGAUUUGCAGUUUACCGUCUCGUAAACACGCUGCCUGCGCCCAAGCCAUCGCACAGCAUGGAAGCGUGUUUGGCAGGCUCGGCGCGUGGAUAAGCGACUGAUAUGGACGACGAGGACGACGAAUUCUUCAGCCGUGUUGAUGUAGAUUCGUUGGUACACGCUGCUUACAGGGCAUCACAGCACCCGCCGAGCGGCCUCCAGGCUCGCCCGCCUGAAUCCGGCGUCACACAGCCACAGCCGCCCUCUGGCGGCCCCACCGCCCAGAUCCCACCCCGUGGGGGUUUGCAGCAGCAGCAGCAGCAGCAGCAGCAGCAGCAGGCGCCACCCAUACCACCACAGCAGCCGCCCCAGCCGCGCGUUAGCGGGAACGGCACCGGCCUGCUGCCAGCCUACUCCAACCCUAAUCAGCCGCCCCAGCCCUACACUGGCGCCGCCGCCACCGCCGCCGCCGCCGCCGCUGCCGCCGCACCACCAGCGGGGCCGCAGCCCUAUGGCGGCGUCGGCAACGGCCUCCCUGCCAACCAGGGGCUUGGGGCUGGGGCCCCGUACUCAGCAGUAGCAGCCGCCGGCGCUACAGGCGCAGCAGUAGCAUCAGGACCGGCAGUAGCAUCAGGACCGGCAGUAGCAUCAGGAGCAGCAGGCGCAAGGCCAGCUGGUGUCGGCAACGUGUCUACUGCCGGCGUGGCGGCCUGGCCCGGUGGCGCCGGCAACGCCGCGCCCGCUGCCAACGGGGCGCCGGGGGCGGCAGUAGCCGCAGGAUCGGCAGACGCUUCCGGUGUUGCCAUGUCGCAGCGACCUAACCAGCAGCCUAGGCCUUACGGCGGCCCUCCCGGCAGUGGCGGCGGCGGCGGCGGCGGCGGCGGCGGUCCUCCAGGCAAUGGAGGUGGCCGCGGCCCGGCGGGCUCGGCCCUGUCUGCGGCCGCGGCCUCGCAGCGCCAGUACUCCCAACACCCCCACCCGCACGCCCAGCAUCCUCAGCACCCGCAGCACCCACAGCACGCACAGCAGCAGCAGCAGCAGCAGCAGCAGCAGCUGCACCGCCCGGCUCCGGGCGGCCCACCGGGGGGCGGCAAGGCGCUGAGCCUGGGGCAGCAGCUGGGACUGGCGAGGGUGGGGCCGGGGCCCGGGCCGGGGCACGGCGGCGGUGGUGGUGUGUGGGGUGGCGGCGGCGGUGGUGGGCCGGGGCCCGGAGGAGCGCCGUAUGGUGGUGGCGGCGGCGGCGGACCGGGUCUGGGUGCGGGUCCGGGCCGGUAUGUGACAGGUGCCUACCCGCCCGGGGCCGGGCAGCAGCAGCAACAGCAGCAGCAGCAUCCACAGCAGCACAUGCAGCACCUACACCACCAGCAGCAGCAGCAACAGCAGCAGCAGCAGCAACAGCAGGUGGCGGGGCCGACCGGCGGCUGGAGUGCGCCAGCGGCGCCGGGAGCAGGCGCAGGGCCGGCGGUGGGCGUGGGCGCUGCGCCCGGCGGGCAGGGAGGCGGCGUGGGCGGCCCGCCGCAGCCGCCGACCGGCACAGUGGUGUUCAGCCAACAGCAGCCCCAGCCCCACUACCCGCACCAGCCGAGGCCCGGGGCUCCGCAGCAACAGGGCAUGGGCAUGCCGCCGCCGGGAGCAGCGGCUGCGGGCCCAGCGGUCGGCGUGGGGGCGGCGGCGGGCGGCGGCGGCGGCAUGCUGGUCGGGAUGCCCACACCGGACGGCGUGGCCCAGUGGGAAAAGGAAGUCCAGGGCCGGCUGGCGGCUCAGGCGGAGGCGGAGCGGCUGCGGCGUGAGAACGAGGAGAUGAGGCAGGCCAUGGCCAAGGAGCAAACCCAGAAGUCCCACAUGCAGAUGGAGAAGGAGGAGAGCGACCGCCGGGCGCGCGACUCCAGCAAAGCAGCACGGGAGGAGCGCGAGAGGCGGGAGCGGGCGGAGCGGGAGCUGCAGGCCAUGCAGCUGCGCAUGCAGGAGCUGCAGGCGGAGGCGCACAAGCGGGCCGCCGCGGCGCCUGUGGCCCCCGGUGCCGGUGCGGGUGUCGGUGCGGGUGCGGGUGCGGGUGCGGGUGCAGGUGGUGGGGCCGGCAGCGCGGCCGCUCGCACGCCGCCGCCGCGAGGCAGUGGCGCGGGCGGGCCGGCGGGCCCCGGCUCUGGCUCGGCGGGCCGGCGGCGGGGCACUCUGGACCCGGGUCAUCCGCUGGCGGCGGUGGCGGCGGCCCGGCAGCAGCAGCAGCAGCAGCAGCAGCCGGAGCAGCAGCAGCAGCAGCAGCCGGAGCAGCAAUAUCCUGCCAUGUUGGAAGAUGUGGGUGAUGUACCCAUGCAGGAUGUGCCGCCGGUGCCGGCAAAGCAGCAGUCCAUGGCUGCGGCGGCGCCGGCGGCGGCGCCGGUGGCGGCGCCGCCCGCGGUGGCGGCAGUAGCGCCGGCGGCAGCAGUGUGGACAGCGCCGCCGCCGCCACCGCCGCCGCCGCCGCCGCCGCCUCUGGUACUGACGGCGGUGGACGCGCUCCGCGUUGCCCGCGUGCCGCUGUGGCAGCAGCUGUGGUGCGGCGCGGGAGAUGCGCUGACCGCGCUGCUACAGCCGCCGUCGGCGCUACUGCCGCCGUCUCUUGCAGAAGUGCUUGCCGGCGCCAGCCCGGCGGCGGUGGCCGCCGCCGUGGUCAAGGCGGCGGCGAUGGCGGCGGGCCUGACGUCAAUGCAGUCAGCGGCAUCGCAGGCGUCGCUCGUGUCAGGUGUCGCCGCCAGGGCGGCGGCGGCCGCCGCCGCCAAGGCCGCGGCAACGGCGGCGGGUGGUGGCGGCGGUGGCGGUGAUGGCGGCGCGGCGGCGGCGGCGGCGGCGGGGCCGCUGGCGGCGGCGGUGGCGGCGCUGGCGGCGGUGCAGGCGGAGGUGCGCGAGGUGGCGGCGGCGCGCGGCGACGGCGCUGGGCUGGCGGUGGCGCUGACGGUCCUGCUGCGGGAGCUAUCGUGCGGCCUUGGGUCGGCUACUGCGGCCGCGGCCAGCAGCCGGACCAGCACCGGCGGCAACGCUGGCGGCGGCGGCAACGCUGGCGGCGGCGGCGCCGCGGGCGCCAGCACAAGCGUUGCCGCAGCAAAAGCCGGGCCGAAGGCCUCCAAAGCCGCUGGCGCCGCUGCUUGCUCGGAGCCGUCUAGUGCGGGUGCAGCGCCCGCCGUCAGCCCCGCGGGUCUGGCGGCGUGCCGGCGGGCGCUGCGGCCGCUGGUGCUGCGCUGUGUGGAGCUGCUGGCGGCGCUGUGGGAGGCCAGCGCGGCGGCCAGGGCGGCCGUGGGUGCCGAGCCACCCACAGCCUUUGCCGCCGCCUGCGGGCCAGCAGCACCCGCCGCAGCGGCAGCAGCGGCAAUGGAGGUGGAGGGCGCGGCGGGCGCACCAGCAGCGGCAGCGGCGGCGGCGGCACCGGCGGCACCGGCGGCACCGGCGGAGCGGUUGGCAGGCCUGCUGCUGCAGGGCCCGGGCGGGGUGCGGCCCGGCGAGGUGUGGCGAGGCGGGCUGCCGUACCUGCUGCUGCCGGCGGCGGCGUCGGCAGGUGCCGCCGCCGCCACCGCGGCAGUAGCAUGCGGCGCCGCCGCCAGAGGUGCGAACGGUGGUGCGGAUGCGGCUGGGCCCGGACCAGGCAGCAUGGCGGCGGCGGUGGCGGCGGCGCGAGUGGCCCGGCGGCAGAUGUUGCGGGAGCACGUGUACGGCAGGGCGGGCGGCGUGUACAGCGGCUCGGCGGCGGCGGCGGCGGCAGCAGGCGGCGGAGCCGACGGCGGCGGCAGCGGCGGCGGCAGUGGCAGGCCCAGCGGCGGCGGCGCCGCUGCCAGCGGAGCGGUUGGCGGCGGCGGCGGCGCAGCAGGCGGCGGCGUUGCUGGCGCGAUGGGCUUCAUUGCGUCGCCGUGGCAGGCGCCGUCGGCAGCUGAAGGCACCGCCACCACCUCCGGCGCCGCCACCAGUGCCACCGUGCCGGGCGCAAGCAGCAGCAACACCGCCGCCGCUGGCAACGACCCCUCAACCACCAGCAACAACGCUGCCGCCGCCACCGCCGCCGCCGCUGCCGCCAACCUGUACGACACGGUACGGCUGCUGCUCCACGUGACGUCCGUAUUCGGCGAUGCGGUGGUUCCAGCGGCGGCGGAGGCGGCGGCGGAAGCUGCGAAGAAGCAGCGCCUGUCGGCGGCGGCGGCGGCCGCCGCCACCAGCGGCAUCGCCGACGCCGCCCGGGCGGAGGCGGCGGCGGCGGCGGGGCUGGCGGCGGCGGGGCACGUGGAUGUACUGCCAGCGGUGGCGGAGGCGCUGGCGGCGCUGGCGGCGGGGCUACCGGCCAUGACUGGCCGCGAGGCGCUGCUCCCGGCCCUGGUGCACGCUCCGCUGCUGCUGGCACCGCUGCUGGCCCGGCCGGGCCCCGCCGCGCGCUCCGCCGCCGCGGCGCUGCUGCACAGACUGCUGGAGUGCCCCGCCUGCGCGGCAGUGCUGGCGGCGGCGGCCGGCGUGGACGGCUACCGCGGCGCCGCCGCCGCGGCGGCCGCCGCGGUGUCAGCGGCGUCGGCGACAGCCGCCGUCGCCGCCGCCGCCGCCGCCGCCAAGGCGCGCAGUGCGGGCGGGCUGCACCUGACGUCAGCAGCAGCAGUAGUAGCAGUAGCAGCGGGUGGGAGCGGCGCCGCAGCAGUAAUGCCACCGCCGCCGAGGCCGCGGCUGCCGCGGCAGGACUCGAGCACACGCAUGGACGUGGACUCGGGCGCGGGCAGUGGUGGCAGUGGUGGCAGUGGUGGCAGUGGUGGCGGCGGUGGCGGCGGUGGCAGUGGUGGCAGUGGUGGCGGCGGUGGCGGCGGUGGCAUGAGGGACGGCUCCUGGACGGCGGCGGCUGACCCGCUGGCGGCGUACGGGGUGGGGCCCGAGGGCAUGGCGCCCGAGGCCGCCGUGCAGCUGCUGCUAGCUGCCUUGGAUGCCCUGGAACCGGAGGAGUGGGGCGGCGCCAGUAGCAGCAGCAGCAGCAGCAGCAGUGGAGGCGGCGGCGGCGGCGGCGGCAGUGGUGGCCGCAGCGGGAGCAGCAGGGGCAGGGGCGCUGGCUGUAGCAGUGGCGGCGGCGGCGGCUGUAGCAGGGCCUGGGGUCCCUACGAGGCCUCCCGGCGGCUGUUGGCGCUGCUGGCGCUGUUGCUGGAGUGCGGGCAUGAGGCGCUGCUGGCAGCGGCGUGUGUGGAGCCGUGGCUGGAGAACUACGGGCUGGCUCAGCGGCUGCUGGCGCUGGCGGACUCGGCUGCGGCGCCGCCAGGCUCGCACUCGCCGCUGGACCCGGUGUUCCCCACCCCCCACGACCCCACCCUCACAGCCGCCACCGCAGGCCGCUGCGUGCCGCCCGCCGAGUGGCUGCAGCGGCUGCGGCUGGCGCACGAGUCUCUGCUGCUGCUCAAGGAGCUGCUCACCGGCGCGGCGGAGGAGGCCACACGCCGCGCGGCGCUGCUGGACCUGACCUGCACCGCCCCCGGCUCCGACGCCGUGCAGCUGCUGGAGCUGGGCACCGCGAGACUGGCGGCCUGGCAGCAGGCGCCGCCGCAGCUGCUGGCGGCGGCGCUGGAACCAGGAGGAGGGGGCGGAGGAGGCGCAGGUGCGGGAGGGCGCGCGUUGGGGCUGGCGCCCUGGGCGGCGCGGCUGGCGAGGGGCGGGGGAUCGGCGGCGGCGGCGGCUGGCGCCGCCGCCGCAGCGGGCGUGGCGUGGGGUGCUGCUGGCGGCGGGGUGGCGGCGGGAGUGGGGGCGGGGGUGGGUUGUAGUGUGGAGGGCGUGGCGGCGCUGGCGGCAAGUGUGCGGCGGCGCUGGGACUUCCUGCUGAACCAGCAGGCUGUGCAGCAGGCGCAGCGGCAGCGGCAGCAGCUGGCGGCGCAGGCGGCGCAGGCGGCACAGGCGGCACAGGCGCAGGCGCAGGCGCAGGCGGCGCAGGCAGCCGAGGCCGGGGCGGGGGCGGGGGGUGGGGUUGCGGCCGGUGUGGCGGCGGUGCCUCAAAAGCCGUAGAAGCGGUUGGGCAGGCUGGGCAGGCGGGUGGGAGGAGGCUGGGGUCGUGUCACGGAUAUGGAUAACUGGGAUGAGGUUGGCGGGCGCCAGCAGCAGCAGCGGCGGCAAAGUAAGGGUGUUGCUCGCUCAGGAGAUGGAGCUGGGGGGCGGCGGAGCAAGGUGGCGGAGCAGGAUGUGGAGCGCGCGGUGUGUGCAAACUGCGUGCGUGCUUUGUGGUUGCAGAGGCAAUGGUGCCAGUACUGCUGUACUGCCAGCGGUGUCGUUUUUGAUUCAUGUCGCCGAGCGAGCUGCCUAGCUGGCGUGCGUUGUGUAUGCAGGGGUACGCGGUGACGUCUGCGGUGAUGUUGGCUAGGUGUUCGGCGUACCGUGUGAGGCAGGACAUGCGUGCGAGCCGGCAGGGAUUUUGCGUCAGGGCCUUCAGUCGGUGCAAGGGGUGGAAGUUCUGUUGUAAUAUGGUGAAUGC